AAUAAAACCGAAAAAAUUCAUGAAAACAAUACUUCCAUUCAUUAGUUUUAAAAUGCUUUACUUGGGUGUAACUUCAAAAAGUAAUUUUUCAAAAUUUAUUUUUAUUCCAACGAUUCUCUAAAUUGGUUGGUUUCAAAUGUUAUGGACUUGAUGAAGAAAAGCGUAAAGUACCGAUUCUUUUUGGGGUUUUGCGUUCUUGUUACUAUAUUAUGUUUCAUUUUACUUAGUUGGUUAUGCCCAGAUAAAGUGUGUGCUCUUUCAAACUGGCAUUAUUCGCAAUUUCGAUAUCCAAGUUGGAGUAAACUGAGUUUAAAACAUGUUGUUGCAGAUAAUUUAGGACGACCAUUAACUUUUCUUUCGCAUCCUUUAAUAAAGGAAAGACUGAAAGUAGUCGAUGUGCACGAUAAACUUUCAUUUGACGAAUUAAUAAGAUCUGAUUUUCAUUUUGAUAUUAAAGGAUCUGAUGUUAUUGUAUUUCUUCAUAUUCAAAAAACUGGUGGUACUUCAUUUGGAAGGCAUUUAGUCAGGGAUUUAGAUUUAGAACAACCUUGUCAAUGCCGGAAGGGGAGGAAAAAGUGUCGCUGUUACAGACCGGACUCCGAUGAUAAAUAUUGGCUUUUCAGUAGGUAUUCCACUGGUUGGAAAUGCGGCUUACAUGCCGACUGGACAGAACUGACGAAUUGUGUUGAAAGUGCCAUGGACCAAACCGAGAAAGGGUCGGCCAAAAGAAGAUAUUUUUAUAUCACAUUGCUCAGAGAACCUGUAGCAAGAUUUCUGAGUGAAUUUCGACAUGUACAGAGAGGAGCAACGUGGAAAACUUCCCGUCAUUUAUGCGAUGGGCGUCCUCCAACUCCUGAAGAACUUCCUCAGUGCUUUGCCGGUGAAGACUGGAGAGAUGUCUCUCUAAAUGAAUUCAUGACAUGUCAUUCCAAUCUAGCUAUUAAUAGACAAACUCGUAUGCUUGCUGAUCUUACUCUUGUUGGAUGCUACAAUACAUCAGCCAUGCCUCCUCGAGACAGGGAUAUGCUCAUGCUAGCAAGUGCAAAGGAAAAUUUAAGAAAAAUGGCCUUUUUUGGCCUUUGUGAGUAUCAAAAAAUCUCUCAAUAUUUAUUUGAGAGUACCUUUCAUCUCCACUUUCUCCAACCAUUUCAUCAGUUGAAUGAAACGCACGGUAGCCUUGCUCGUUCCGAAAUCAGUGAAGACGAUAUCAAAAAGAUCCGUAGGCUUAAUCAUUUAGACAUUCAGCUUUAUGAAUAUGCCACAACUCUUUUAAAGCACAGAUUUGAAAUUGUAAAGAAAAAAGAUAAAAAUUUUGAAGAACAUUUUAAAAAUUUAGGUAAGAAAAAGAGCACUUCUGAUGGCUAUGGCUCAGGAUUAAAAGAAUCUUGAUUAAACUGCAUUAUAAAAGCAUUUGGUUUCAGCAAACAUUAUAGCUCCUAUAAUAUUAUGAAAGCAUUUUUAUCUAUAUUUUUUAAUUAUCAGCUAGUUGCAACAAAAUGGUUCUUGCUGUUGAUCGCAAAGAUUAAAAUAUCAUGAAAAAAUCUCUUAUUACAUUCAGUCAAAAUAUUUUAUACAAUAAGAAAUUUGGUAUUGGCUAAAAUUGAAUCAAUAUUAUACAAUUAUUUCUUUGAAUUCUUCAUUUAUUCAAAAUGCAGUUUAUAUGGAAGCUAUU